GAUGAGAAGAAGCUUAACAGUUAAACAUUAAACAGUCGUUUAGGUGAACAGUCUCUCGGCGAUAUUUCUUUUCUACCUUGCUCUGAAUUAUUUAAAGAAACAUUCUCUUCACGCAACUUUCAUUAUUAAAUUCACACAUCAUUGUACUCGAUAAGUAACAGCAGAGAGAAGGCAAAGCAAGAGAAUAAGAAGACGAUUGGUUUUUUUUCUAUCUUGUGAUCAAGUGUAUGUGAAGCAGUUGGCAAUCGAAGACCUUUAAUUGCAGGCUAUUCAUUUUUUUGUCGUCGUCUUGCGUGCUUUACAAACGGCUUGCCACAACUCAUAUAAAGUUUAUUUCAAUUUGUGUUGAACGAAUUAGAUUUGUUUGUACAGUGGACCAGAAGGGAUCUCUCCUCGUCUUGCUGUAGAAAUAUUUACAAUUUUUCACAAUGAAAUUGUUUAUUGUGCUAUCAGUUGUGUGUGCAUUUGCAAGCGGGAAGCCACAAAUAUCAUUUCCGGGAAUUAGUAUAACAUCAAGUAAUUCGAAUGCAAAUGCAGCAUCAGGAGGCGGAGGUUUUGGGGGUGGUGGUGGAAGCAGCAGCAAUGCCAAUUCUCAAAGUUUCAGCCUUAAUUUGGGAGGGGGCGGCAUUGGAUUAGGACCAGGACUUUUUGGUGGUGGUGGUGGCAGAGGUAUCAGCGCAUCACAAAGUCAAGCUCAGGCGCAAGCUGGUUCUGGUGGCUUUGGAGGAUUUGGGGGCGGUGGCUCGCAAGCUCAAGCACAAGCACAGUCGCAAUCAAUUAACAUUGGUGGUGGAGGGUUCGGUGGAGGGCCCGGAUACUAUGGAGGUGGGCCCGGAUACUACGGGGGUGGGCCCGGAUAUUAUGGUGGUGGUGGUCCUGGAUUUCAUGGUGGUGGUGGCGGAUUUGGUGGCCCAGGAAGAUUCAGAGGCAGAGGAGGCGGCGGAUUUAGAAGACGCAACUUUCGUCGUGGUGGUGGUGGAUACGACUAUUUCUAAACUCCAAACGAACUCCCAAAAACAUAAUGUUUACUUAUAUAUUUAAGAACCCCCACACACUUGAAUCUCAAUGCCAUAGAAUAAAUAAUUUAUUGAAUGAAAAAAUAA